GAGCUGGGAAGCUGCAGGGGCUGUAGGUGCCUGGGCGCGCGGGGCAGCUCAGAUGCGCUGCUCCGGGGAGAGCCAGAGCCCUGCUCGGUGGGUCGGUAGCACAGUAGCAGCUCACGUGUGCGGACCGUUCCUGAGCGGUACCAUGGGGUCCACGGCUACGGAAAUUGAAGAAGUGGAAAACACCACUUACAAGUUUCUUGUAGGAGAACAGACUGAAAAAAUGUGGCAGCGCCUGAAAGGAAUACUAAGAUGCUUAGUGAAGCAGCUGGAAAAGGGCGAUGUCAAUAUCGUAGACUUAAAGAAGAAUAUUGAAUAUGCAGCAUCCGUGCUGGAAGCCGUUUAUAUCGAUGAAACGAGAAGACUGCUGGACACUGAAGAUGAGCUCAGUGACAUUCAGACCGACUCUGUCCCAUCGGAAGUCCGGGACUGGUUGGCUUCUACCUUUACACGCAAAAUGGGGAUGACAAAAAAGAAACCAGAGGAAAAGCCUAAGUUUCGAAGCAUCGUGCAUGCUGUCCAAGCUGGAAUUUUUGUGGAAAGGAUGUACAGGAAAAACUACCACAUGGUUGGUUUGGCAUAUCCAGCAGCUGUCAUAGUAACAUUAAAGGAUGUUGAUAAAUGGUCUUUUGAUGUAUUUGCUCUAAAUGAAGCAAGUGGAGAACAUAGUCUGAAGUUUAUGAUUUAUGAACUGUUUACCAGAUACGAUCUUAUGAACCGCUUCAAGAUUCCUGUUUCUUGCCUAAUUGCCUUUGCAGAAGCUUUGGAAGUUGGUUACAGCAAGUACAAAAAUCCCUAUCACAAUUUGAUUCAUGCAGCUGAUGUCACCCAAACCGUGCAUUACAUAAUGCUCCACACGGGUAUCAUGCACUGGCUCACUGAACUGGAAAUUUUAGCAAUGGUCUUUGCUGCUGCCAUUCAUGAUUACGAGCAUACAGGGACCACAAACAACUUCCAUAUUCAGACAAGAUCAGAUGUUGCCAUUCUGUACAACGAUCGCUCCGUCCUUGAGAAUCACCACGUGAGCGCUGCUUACCGCCUUAUGCAAGAAGAAGAAAUGAACAUCUUGAUAAAUUUAUCUAAAGAUGACUGGAGGGAUCUUCGGAACUUGGUGAUUGAGAUGGUAUUAUCUACAGAUAUGUCUGGUCACUUCCAGCAGAUUAAAAAUAUAAGGAACAGUUUGCAGCAGCCUGAAGGGAUUGACAGAGCCAAGACCAUGUCCCUGAUUCUCCAUGCAGCAGACAUCAGCCACCCAGCCAAGUCCUGGAGGCUGCACUACCGGUGGACCACGGCUCUCAUGGAGGAGUUUUUCCUACAGGGAGAUAAAGAAGCGGAACUGGGGCUCCCAUUUUCCCCGCUUUGUGAUCGGAAUUCAACGAUGGUGGCCCAGUCACAGAUAGGUUUCAUUGAUUUCAUAGUAGAGCCAACAUUUUCUCUUCUGACAGACUCAACAGAGAAAAUUGUUAUUCCUCUUAUAGAGGAAGCCUCCAAAGCCGACAGUCCUAACUAUGGGGCAAGCAGCUCAGCCACCAUCGUGGGGCUGCACAUCGCCGAUUCCAUGCGACGAUCGAACAUGAAGGGCUCGGUGAGCGACGGGAGCUACUCCCCGGACUACUCGCUGGCCGCCGUGGACCUCAAAAGCUUCAAGAACAACCUGAUGGACAUCAUUCAGCAGAACAAGGAGCGCUGGAAAGAGCUGGCCGCUCAAGGGCAAGAAACAAAAAUCAGGUCAAAGAAGUAUAAAUUUUCCCAUCAUUAAACAGCUUUAAAUAAAACCUCCUGCAUGUUGGCAUCUCUAAUUUGACCAAAAGGCUUGGAGAUUUCGAUAUUCUUGCUGGAAAUCUACCAGAACCUGUGUGAGAAAGGGAAUCCAUUUUAGCAGAUUGCUCAGUUGACACACUUCAGUCUGGCUGAACAGAUAUGGAGCAAUGCAUCUGAUGGCUGAAUCCCCUCUUUAUGGUUUAAAAGAUUGGCUAAAGGAGUGUUUUGUGCCAUUUCACUCUGUUGAGAUUAUAUGGUGUGUGCCAAUAAAUUUUCUUUGAGUAACCAAUCACGAAUUUUGUCAUUUCCACAAUAAAGCCUAUUCACUUAUUUUCACUUUGUAUGUCCCUCUUCUAAAAUAUCUAAAAAUUAGGUCAAAUUUCAUGAAUUUACCCGGUCUUUAUAUUAUUCCAUCAUUUGUUAUUCAGAAAAAAAUGCUUAAAUGGUUCUCUCCCAUUAGAAUGAUUUAUAAAAAUUUUAAAGAACGUUUAUCUCACAAAUAGUGUUUGUAUUAUAGUGGGAAUAAGUGACAUGGUAAUAACUUACUAUAUUGUUUUUAUUGUAUUUUCAAAUUUUCCCACUACCUAAUUCAUUUUAAAAUUAGCUAAGUUAUUUUCCUUCUGAAAAAAAAAAGCUUAGUUUUAUUGUACAGCUAUUUUUUUCCCAAUACUUCCUUUACUGUAAUCUUCUCACUCCUGAUUUAAAGACUGAUUGUACUAAAUUUCUAGGAGUACUCCUAGAAAUGAUUAGUUAAUAAUGGCUGAUGUCUAAUAUCAAAGAAUGUAUUUCCACAAAUAACUGUAAAUAACUAUAUUUAUUCUUUCUUUCUGACUCUGCCCUCCCAGGGAAAAACUACUAAAGAAAGUGAAAAUAUUAAAGGAAUUAAAUUGCAUCAAAGGAGAUAUCACAAUAUAGAGUUAAGAUCUAAGUCUCUACAAGUAAACUAUAUCAAUUCUGAUAUCCUCAUUCAUGUGUCACGUAAUUUCAAACUAAUCUCUGUGUUUCAGCCUGCUUAAUUGUAAAGAUUGCAAAAAUAGCAUCUGUCUCUAAAGAGGUUCUGAAGAUUAAAUGGGUCAAGGUGUGUAAAGUGUUUAGAGCUCAGUCUUCUAGGUAACUCUCAUUAUGCCCCUGGGCUUACAUAAAUGCCUCCAAACUAAAUGGAGCUCUUGGGGAAGGCUUUCUUAGAGAAGCGUGGGAAGGGAAGCAUUAAUUUAUACUUAUGCUUCACUCAUGAUAAAGCAUGCAGGGAUGAGUAGGUGCUGUAUGAUGCACUGAUCUUAGUCCAAAUGUGAUUUUUAUCACUUUUCCAUUCUUAACCCAUCCAAAUAGCCUGUAGAGUGCAUCUCCUACAUAUUGCAAAAAUCCAUUCAAUUUUAUGCAUGAAAGACUGGAUUUGACUACUGUUUAAAGCUAUACGUGAACUACCUUUUUCUCUUGAGGAUUUUGUCACUUAAGAUAUUUUCCUCUACUUUUUUCUCAGAUUUAAAACCUGUUAGAGAAUAAAAAUUAAUGUUCUUUAGAUCUAAAUGGCAUCAAAAAGAGGACACUUAGCUAAUCCAACAAACUUGGUUCAUGGAACUCAAUUAUUGCCUGAAAGAAUUUUUACCAUCUUAGCUUGUAAUCCUUAAAAGUGUAGCUGUACUUAGAUUUUAUAUACAACCAAAAUUUUCAAUUUUCCUAACUUUACUCUGUUUAUGGUUGUUGUUCAUAUUUCAGCUAAGAGAAUUUUCUCUCAUUAAUUAUAGACAUUUAGGAAAUUCCCAGACAUCAUUUCAUCAUUUUAUAUAUAUAAAAUUAUAUAUAUAGAUAUAUAUAUAAUAUAUGUGUGUGGGUGUGUGUGUACUUUACAUACAUUUAAUUUAGAUACCUUGUUCCUCCUCCAAACAACAAACUACAAAGGCAAAGGACAAAGAGGAAAAGAGUGAUCCAAAAUUCUAUUCAGGUGGGAUUCAGCAGGUAAGUCUCAAGGGAAGUGAGGAGAGCCUGCAAGAGUCUUAGCUGAAACUUCAUUUCAUGAUCACCCUCAAACCACAAGGCAGGUACUGGCAAGAAGUGAUUCUGUAGGCUUUUCACUAACUUGAUCAUAUCUGGAAAACUUUAUGGAGGUUAUGGCAAAAAUUAUAAUCCAAGGUACACUUACAUUCUGGACAUGAGAUUCACUCAAAAGGCACCUGUGUUCCUACCUUACCCUUCCCUCUUAGAGGAGGCUAUGAUAAAACAUCAUAAAAAUCCAGAGACACCUGUGGGAUAUAGGGGUCUCAUCUAAUAAAGGUCAUACAGUGCAAUUAAAGUAGUAGUUUGGGGAUUAGUUUGAUGUACAUAUAAUGGAGCACACACAAUUUAUUUUAAAUAAUUUCAUUUGCAUCAUGAGAGUCAUCCUGUCGUAGGAAUCUUUAUAGAUCAGAAAUGCCCCCACUCCAUACAAUUCUGGCUGAAAUUUGUAAAUCAGUAAAGUACUUUUUGGUUAAUUGCUUAAAGUACUUUUUAUGUUAAAGCCUUUUACAAGUUGAUUUCAGUAGGAACAAAUUAUAUAUGCAUGACAAAGAGGCAAUUUCUUCUACCACGGUUUUGAAAAAGUACAAAUGGAUGAGACUCUUCUCACACAUUCCUUCCCAUAACACCCAUCAUCGCCAGCAAAGUUAGUGAAGAGCACGUACAUAAAUAGGUGAAAAAGAAACAGCAUGCAAGGAAUUUUGAUGAAACACAUCUUUCUCAUCCUAGAUGAAAGGAUAGCUAAAUAUUUAAGACUGACUUCUAUUUUGGCCAAUUUGGGGUCUGCUAUGGUUUGUGUCUAAAGGUCCCCCCAAAACCUCAUGCAAUUUAAGGUGGGGCUUUUUUGGAAGAGGUUGAAUUUAGAGAAUGUGACCGAUUCAUUGCUUAGUGCUAGGAUUAAGGGUGCUGGGAGUAAGGAUGGGGUGAUUGCUGGAUCAGUCCACUGAUGGUAGACAGGAUACAAUAUAAAGGUUAGCAAGAGGCUUGGCUUCCUCCCUCUGGUUGGGUUUGUUGUCUUCUGCCAUCUUGAACUGUUGCCCCUCUGCUAUGUGCCACCCUCCCUUGGAGCCAGCUGAUUAUGGACUGAAACAUCUACAAACUGUGAGCUAAAUAAACUUUUCUCCCUUUAACUUUGGGUGUCAGGUAUUUUGUCGUAGGAACAACAAAAGUAACUUAGACAGGUUAAUCAACAUAGGUACUAAUCCCCUAAAUUCCUUAACAUUUGGAGAUAUAAAUGUGAGAGAUAAUCUAAGUCAUUGCUAUAAAAAUGAAAAUUUGUUGAUAUUGGGUAUCUCUGACUCAAUUCUUUUUUUUGUUAUAAAUAGAAAAAAAGAAAGGAUAUUAAAAAAGCAGUAAAAGGGUACAAAUAAUACAGUAUUUCAAGAAAAAAAUAUACAGUAAGAAAUCACCAGUUAAUAGGUUACAUAUUAUCUUCCCAGGAAUAGUUGUCCAAAUUACAAAAUUAAGGCAUAUAAAGUGGACAUUCAUACAGUGAAAUUGGAGACAGUUCCGUUCAGUGAUCCAAAAAAAGCUCAGUAUUAUGGUUUUCCGUCCCACACACUCGAACGUACCUGCAGUUAUAUCCCUUAGUCCACCUUCCUUUCCUCUCUUUUUUACAAUAACAAUUAGAUUUUUGGGGUUUCAUUACUCCCACGGUUCUUAUUACUUUUUUUGAAGAGAAUAAAGCCAAAUGUGACUAAGCAAAACAGAGUCAGUUAGAAUAGAAGAGUGGGCAUAGCACAUGAUGCAAAAAUAGAACACCAGGUGAUCAAAAGUGGUUACCAUUGUGCCUCUUGCUAUUUUUAAAUUGAGUUGUCUAUAUCAUCAGGUAUAAUAGAAUUGAUCAAAACAGUACAGAACAAAACCAAUAAAACCUACACUGAGGACUUUACAGGACUUCAAAAAAAGGAUAAUAGUCAAUCCAUAUUGGGCAUCAUAGUAUAUCUUAUUGCCUUCAAAGUGGUUGCCUAUACCCUCAAACUUGAUACUAUCAAACAAAAUAGAAUAUAGAAUAAUCAGACAGAACAAGAUGGGGAGAGCAAUACUGGGGUUCAAAUCAGGUUAAUAGGAAAACCAAGAAAGUUACUAUAAUAUGUCCCGCUAUUUUUAAUUUAGUUUUCCCUUAAUUAAAAAAAUGAGAGAAAAUAGAUUAAUUUUUUAAAAGGGGGGGAAUACUGAGAUAAGAGAGGACAUUGUAACAUAACAAUGCAGGGCAGAACCAAACCAUUCAAGCAUCAUUGUGUUUCACCACCAGAUAAUCUAACAUAAUAGUAGUCGUCAGAGUGCCUCUUUCCUUGAAUUAUUUGAGUGUAACUUCGUAUGCUAUAACAUCAAUCAUAUCAAGACAGUGUGAAGCCAUUCAAGAGAAUGUAAGAAUUACAGGGUAUUUAGAACCAGCUAAUAGAAAAUGAACAACGGUUUCUUUAUUAUCUCUUUGCCUACAAAGAAUUUUGUUUAUACCAUAGCAUAUAGUGAAAUAUAGUAAGAUACAACAUGUUAAAACCAGUGGAAACAGAUUACCACAGCUUGAUGGGACUUCAAAACAAGAUGAUAUUAAAUCAGCACUAGCUUUAUGUUGUGUUGUUUUCUUCAAAAUAGCUAUUUGUACUAUCAUAGAUACUAAAAUUGAACAACCCAGGUUAAAACCAUUGUGGUUAAUGAGUGAAAAUAUUAUAUGGCUUCAAAGCAAUAUAAUUAGGAAUCAUGAUUACCACAUACUUUUAUGUAUUCUUAUCAUUUCUUACACUAGGGAAACUAUUCGGUAUUUAUACAUGUGAGUUUGAUUUAUUUCAUUUAUGAGUAUGGUCUCAAGCUGCGUCCAUUUAUUUAUAAAUGUCUCAAUGUGAUCAUUCUUUAUAGCUGAGUAGUACUCCAUUGCAUAAAAAUACUACAACUUUUUUAUCCAUUCCUCAGUUGAUGGACACUUAGGUUGUUUCCAAGAUCUGGCUAUUACAAAUUGUGCUGCUGUAAACAUGGGUGCACGUAUAUCACUGUGGUAUGAUGCUUUCAGUUCUUCUGGAAAUAUGCCUAGAAGUGGUAUAGCUGGUUCAAAUGGGGCUCCCAGUCCCAGUUUCCUGAGAACUCUCCAGACUGACCUCCACAAUGGUUGCACUAGUCUACACUCCCACCAACAGUGCAGGAGAGUUCCUUUUUCCCCACAGCCUCUCCAGCAUUUGUUGUUGGUGGUUUUCUUGAUCUUGGCCAUUCUUUCAGGAGUGAGAUGAAAUCUCAGUGUGGUUUUAAUUUGCAUUUCUCUAAUGACUAAUGAUGAUGAACAUUUUUUCAUAUAUUUAUUUGCCAUUUGUAUUUCUUCAUCAGAGAAUUGUUUAUUCAUCUCAGAUACCCACUUUUGGAUUGGAUCUUUGAAUUUUGGGGGUCUGAUUUUUUUUAAUUCGUUAUAUGUUUUAGACAGAAGUCUUCUGUCUGAGGAGCAGUUCAUUAAGAUUUUUUCCCAGUUUGUGGGUUUUCUUUUUCACUAUGAUGGAGAUGUCUUUUGACAUGCAGAAACUUUUUAAUAAAGGUGAUCCCAGUUAUUGUUACUGGGAAGUAUUUCCCAUGCGGUUUGAGUCCUAUUCAUGAAUUCUCUACCUACUCCUAUAUCUUCAAGGUUUUUACCCAAUUUGUCUUCCAAUAGAUUUAGUGUUUCUGUUUUAAUAUUUAGAUCUUUGAUCCAUUUAGAUUUUAUUUUAGUACAUGGUGAUAGGCAUGGGUCUAGUUUUAGUUUUCGGCAUAUGGAGAGCCAGUUUUUCCAGCACCAUUUAUUAAAGAGACUGUCAUUCUCCCAGUGAACAUGUUUGACCCCUUUAUCAAAGAUAAGGUGGUUGAGUGUGUUUGUAGUUGUGUUUGUAUCUUCUAAUCUAUUCCACUGAUCUUCAGCUCUGUUUUGGUUCCAGUACCAUGCUGAUUUUACUAUAGUUGCUUUGUAGUAUAACUUCAAGUCAGGGAUUGUGAUACCUCCUGCCUUGCCUUUGCUGCUUAGAACUGUCCUUGCUAUUCUAGGUCUCUUCUCACUCCAGACGAAUUUUAGGAGUGAUUUCUUGAGUUCUGUGAGGUAUGUUGAUGGUAUUUUUAUCAGGAUUGCAUUGAAUCUGUAUAAAAGUUUUGGGAGAAUGGCCAUUUUCACAAUAUUUAUUCUUCCUAUCGAUGAGCAAGGUAUGUCUUUCCAUUUUCUGAGAUCAUCUUCAAUUUCAUUUUUCAUUGUAUUAUAAUUUUCCUUGUAUAGGUUUUUCACUUCUUUCAUGAGAGUAAUUCCUAGAUAUUUCAUUUUUUUUUGGUUGCUAGUGUGAAGGGUGUGGCUUCUCUUAUUUCUCUCUCUGUGACUUUGUUGUUAGUGUAUACGAAUGCUAUUGAUUUUUGAGUAUUGAUUUUAUAUCCAGCUACAUUACUGAAUUUAUUAUAUCUAGCAGUCUUUCAAUGGAGUUUUGGGGAUCUUCUAUAUAGAGUAUCAGGUCAUCUACAAAUAAUGAUAGCUUAACUUCUUUUCCUAUCUUUACGCCUUUUAUUUCUCUUUCGUCUAAUUGCUCUGGCUAGUAUUUCCAGCACUUUAUUAAAUAGGAGUGGUGAUAAGGGACACCCUUGUCUUGUGCCUAAUUUUAAAAUAAAGGCCUUCAAGUUUUGGCCAUUUAGUAUGAUAUUGGCUGUUGGUUUGUCAUAGACGGCCUUUAUUAUAUUGAGGUAAAGAUCAUCUAUUCCAAUUUUCUGCAAGGUUCUUAUCAUAAAUGAAUGUUGGACCUUGUCAAAAGCUUUUUCUGCAUCUAUAGAAAUGAUCAUGUGGUUCUUACUUUUGGCUCUAUUGAUAUGGUAUAUUACAUUUAUUGAUAUACAUAUAUUGAACCAUCCCUGCAUGCCUGGGAUGAGUCCCACUUGGUCGUGGUGUAUGAUCUUCUUGUUGAUUUGCUGCAUCCUAUUUGCCAAUAUUUUAUUGAGGAUUUUUGCAUCUGUGUUCAUUAGGGAGAUUGGUCUGUAGUUCUCUUUUUCAGUUGCGUCUUUUUCAGGUUUUGGUACUAGAAUAAUAUUUGCUUCUAGGAACGAUUUAGGAAGGAUUGCUUCCCUUUCAAUUUCACUGAAGAGUUUGAGGAGUGUUGGCAUUAGGUCUUUUUUGUAUUUCUUGUAGAGUUCUGCAGUGAAUCCGUCUGGGCCUGGGCUCUUCUUUGUAGGUAAGGAUUUAAUUACGUUUUUGAUGUAAUUAAUAGAAAUUGAGUUAUUCAGUAGUUUUACAUCUUCAUGACCUAGCUUUGGUACUUUACAUGCUUCUAGGAAUCUGUCCAUUUCCUCUGUGUUAUCAAACCUUUGAGAGUAGAGGUUUUGGAAAUAGGUGUUGAUGAUUUUCUGUAUUUCUGUAGGGUGUGUAGUGAUUUCUCCUCUUUCAUUCCUUAUUGCAUGAAUUUGAGCUUUUUCUUCCCUUUUUUAAUAAGGUUGGCUAGGGGCUUAUUGAUUUUAUUUAUUCUUUCAAAGAACCAACUUUUUGAAUUGUUGAUUCUUUGGAUUGUUUUCUUAGUCUCUAUUGCAUUGAUUUCUGCUCUGAUUUUUAUAAUUUCCUCUCUUCUUUUGGCUUUGGGCUUGACUUGCUCUUCUUUUUCUAGCUGUUUGAGGUGUAGCAUCAGGUUAUUUAUUUGUAUUUGUUCUGUUUUCCUGAUGUGGGUACUCAGUGCAAUAAAUUUUCCUCUAAGGAUGGCUUUCAUUGCAUCCCACAGAUUCUGGUAAGUUGUAUUUGUGUUUUCAUUUUCUUGUAGGUCGUGUUUAAUUUUUUCUUUAAUUUACUCUGUGAACCACUGAUUACUCAAGAGUAUGUUAUUCAGUUUCCAUGUGUUUGUGGGAAUUUUGUAGUAUCUUUAAUCAUUAAUUUCUGAUUUCAUAGCGCUAUGGUCCAAAAGCAUACAAGGGAUGAUUUCAACCCUUUUGCACUUAUUUAGAUAUGUUUCGUUAAUUAAGAUAUCGUCAGUUUUAGAAAAUGACCCAUGUGCUGCUGAGAAGAAUGUGUAUUCUGUUGUUGUUGGGUGGAAUACUUUGUAUAUGUCUAUUAACUCUAUUUGUUCACAGGUGCAAUUCAGUUCUUUUAUUUCUUUGCUGAUUUUCUGUCUGGUUGAUCUGUCCAUUGGUGUCAAUAGUGUGUUAAGAUCUCCUGUUAGAAUUGUGUCACUGUUAACUUGGUUUUUCAUUUCUGUUAGUACUUGUUUUAUACAACUGGGUGCUCUGGAAUUUGGCCCAUAUAUAUUUAAGAUAGUUAUUUCUUCCUCUUGGAGUUUUCCUCUAACCAGUAUGUAGUGACCUUCUUUAUCUCUUCUGAUCAUUAUUGGCUUGAAGUUCACAUUGUCUGCAAACAGAAUAGCCACCCCUGCUUUUUUUUGAGUUCCUGUUGCAUGAAGUAUUGUUUUCCAUCCUUUGACUUUCAGUCUGUGGGUAUACUUUUGGGUUAGAUGGGUUUCUUGUAGACAACAUAUGGUUGGAUUUUGUUUCUUCAUCCAUUCUGCCAGUCUGUUUCUUUUAAUUGAUGCAUUGAGGCCAUUUACAUUAUUGGCUAUAACUGUUAUAUAUUGGUUUAUUGUUGACAUGUUAUCUUUCUGCUGUUGCAUCUUUACCUUUCAGUUCUGUUUGUCUGCUUUGUUUAGUGGUUUUUUUCCUAAAUGUAUCUAGGCUGUCUUUCAGUAUUCUUUGCAGGGUUGGUUUGGUGAUCAUGUAGUUUUUCAGCUGUUCUUUGUCAUGGAAGUAUCUUAUUUCUCCAUCCAUUUUGAAGGACAGUUUUGCAGGGUAUAUCAGUGUAGGUUGGAAAUCAUUUUCAUUUAGGAUCUGAAAUACUUCCCUCCAUGCUCUUCUUGACUUUAUUGUUUGUGCUGAGAAGUCUGCUGUAAUUCUGAUAGGUUUUCCUUUAUAGGUGAUCUGUCUUUUCUCUCUGACAGCUUUUAAUAUUCUAUUCUUUUGUUUGAUUUCUGGGAUGACCAUUAUUAUCUGUCUGGGUGUAGUUUUAUUUUGGUUAUGGCUAUUUGGAGUUCUAUAUGCUUCAUUGAUCUUGAUAUCAGUUUCCAAUCUCAUGUUUGGGAAAUUUUCAGCUAUUACUUCUCUAAAUAUUCUCUUGACAUCCUUUAUGUUGUCCCCUUCUUUUUCAUUUAUCCCUAUUAACCUUAUGUUGUUCCUCUUUGCGUCAUCUUGCAGGUGUUGAAUUGUUACGUCCUGAUUUCUUGUUAUUUUUAAAAGAUCUUCCCUUUCUUGUUCACUGGCUGCAAUCUUGUCUUCAAGUUCUGAAAUUCUAUCUUCACAUGCAUUGAGGCAGUUUUUACAGCUUUCGAUGGAAUUUUUGAUUUCCUGUAUAUCUCUUUGCAUCUGCUUUAUAUAUUCUGUUUGUUUCUUAUAUUGUUCAUCCAAGGAUUUUAUCUUUUUGUUUAUCUCCUCCAAUUUUUUAACUGUGUCUUCUUUAGAUAUGUUCAGCAUCUCCUUCAUUUCUUUUAUCAUUUCUUCUUUUACCUGAGAGAUUAUUUCUAGUUUGAAUUCCUUUAAGGCUUCCCAGAGUUGCUCCUUUAUUUCAGUUACAAUUAUUUCAGGUAUUUCAGUUAUGUGGCAUGUAUUUUCUUCUAUGCACAUGGCUCCUAGGCUUUCUUGGGAUGGGCCGGAUGUUUGAGACUGCAUUUUGGUCUUUCGUUUUGUCAUUUUCCUGUAUUUUUGAGCUUCAAGUAUUGUUCCAAGUGAGGGAGAGGGCAGCCAGGCUGGGAUGGAAUUCCCUGCCCCCUCCUUACUCACUGAUCUAGACAGGAAGUCCAGGCCUGGUCCCCAGGCGAAGAAGAAGAGCUCCGCCGGACUGGGACGGGGCUCCCAGCCUUCUCUGGACCCACUGGACCUGACAGGAAGCCGGAUCCUGGCCCCCAGGUGAAGAAAAGAGUUUGCCAGACUGGGGCAGAGUUCCCCACCUCCGAUGGACUCAUUCAACAGAGAGCCGGAGCCUAGUCCCCAGGUGAACAAGACAGUUCCCGGCCUCGGCUGGACUUACUUAUCCGACAGGAAGCUGGAGCCUGGUCCCCAGGCGAAGAAGAGAGUUCUCUGGGCUGGGGCGGAGUUCCCCGCCUCCCUCAAUUCUUAUAUAAAUUUAUCAAGUAAUAUUUUAAGACUAUCAGAAGUACCUAGGGCUGGAUUUUCUGUAGUUACUCGGUGAAAAUUGUGUAUUCAGCCUGGUGAAGAUUACAACUGAUUUUAAUUUCCACCAAAAAAAAAAAGGAGAAGAUACAAAGGAAGGAAUCAAAAAGAUAGGAAGGAAGAAAAGAAAAGGAAAAGAGAAAACAAAACUGAAAAGGCAAAAAAUUUAAAAAAACAUACACAUACACAUAUGCCCCGAUUUUUUCAUUGAGAAAUUAUAUCCCCAAAAAAUGUUUUUUCCACUGAAGAAUUUUUUGACCAUUUGACAGUGAAACUGGCUCUGCAGGAUCUCCAAGCUGUGAUUUCUGUGUUCUCUACAUUAGAAGUAUUUCACUCUCAAUGAUUUUGAGUGUGUGAGAACAGUAAUGACUAUGCCAGCCCUCAUUUGUACUUUUUGCUUUUUAAGCACAGAAACAUGGUCAUAUAAUUAUAGACUUUACAUUUAAUAACUUAUUACUCCUAGAAUCUAAAACGUCUACUAUUUCUCUUCCAUUGCAUUAGCAGCCCUUUCAUUUGAAGUCCCUGCACAUAGGAUUUGUGUGGCCCAUGGUAUUUGAGUCCUUCUUGGCUCUUCUCAUCCUGCAGGCUUUACAGCAAAGUCAUUUCUUGCAAAGUGCUACUCGCUCUCUUCCACUGCUGAGCUACUUAAUUAUCCCAAAGAACUAUUUCAAAUGGAAGAAGAUGGAAAGUGUCUUGUUGACUCCACACUUCACAACUCGAAUGUUCACAGUUGCAUAUUCCCUUCCUGACAACAAGGACUGCUCCUACUGUUUUAAAUCUGUACAGGAAGUGCGCGCCAUGCCCAGCACCUUUGGCUAGGUUAUAUAGGACACGGCUCUGGGAUCAGUGACCCAGCCCUCUCCUUAGUCGUCUGUGGCUGUGCAGAAAGAUUGUUGAGAGAAUUAAUCAAAUGCACGAAGCGCUCGACACAGAGCUUGACAUAUAGUGAAGAUUCUUGAAAUGCUUAUUUUUGUCUUUGCUGUUGAUUUUGCUUUUAUCAUUAGGAAAGUGGAGUCAGUAAGUCAUUAGUUUAUGCUCAUGGGCUUUUUCUUCCACAGAUCACUCAGGAUUGAAUGAGACACACUAAAGCAUUCCUUUUAAAGUACCAGUAGGUUUUGGUAGGGAUUUGAAAUGUAAAUCGUGUGUUGGAUCCUUCCAAAUGAUCUCCUAUCAACACAUAGAAUUUAAAACUUGACUGUGUCUUCAUUAUGUCAGUUUGGGGGCUCAUAUUUGAAAUAUAACAGCUCAGAACUUUAUGGCAAAUUAUAGGCCAGAGGUUAUAGAUAAAGGAAAGGAUUAUGUAAUGCAAGUGCAUCAUCUUUUUUCUUCCUGACAGUGCAAAGAUAAAAGGGCUUGAGAAGUGAUGGCCGAUAGAAAUGACCAAUGUUAUUAAGUGCCACAUGGAAAGCAGAGCUUUCAAUUAAUUUUUAAGCAUUUGAAAUGUAGUGGAAAUGGCAAAAAAAAAAAAAAUCAAGAACUGAUUUUAAGUGGUUCUGUAGUGCCACUCAUGAUACAGAUGAGUAAUUCAUGUUUAUUCUCUGUGCUUCCAUAGAUUCUACAUGUAAGAAAAAAGUGAGUUAAUAGCUUAUAUUUAAAACAGUUUAUCUAGCUACAGAGAGUUUCACAGGAUUGCCUGUUAGCAAAAUGAGCUCAAGCAUAUUCCGUAUUCUACACUGAGGCAAAGACGCAAGUUUAUGUAUUUACAUGCAUAAACAUUUUUUUAUGUAUUUACACACUUAAACAUUUUUUUACUGCAAGCAACUGUUAGUGGUUUUGUUUGUUCUCUUAAUCCAACUUUAAAUAGAAAGUGCAAUUCACCAGAAUACUGAGAAUACGUAAAGCAAGUCAAAAUGCUUUCAUCAUUUUAUAAAUUAUUUUUCCAAAUUUGAACUUCUGAAACUGCCUUAGGUGAAUAUAACUAAAACUGAUAUUGUGUAUGUAAUUUUUUCUACUUAUAAAAGAUGAGUGAGUUUUUUUGGCACAUAUGUCAGGCUCAGUUUUCAUUUAUUUUUUCAUCCUGACCCAAAUUCCUGCCUUUCCUCAAACUCCAACCCUCAUCUUCCUUAUCUCUCUCAUUAAGAAUGUGUUCCAGCGUGGCAGGGCAUUGCACACCUGUAACUGAAUUACUCUGGGAAUCUGGGGCAGGAGGAUUUCAAGUUUAAGCCCAGCCUGGGCAAUCUAACAAUUUAGUAAGACCCUGUCUCAAAAAAUAAAGACUGGAUAUGUCACUCAGUGUGAAGGUCCUGAGUUCAAUCUCCAGUGCUGAAAAAAAAUCCUAUGUGUAGACCACAAAGCCAGACAUAUCCUGUAGGCAUAAUUUUAGAUUGAGUUCUUUCAAGUAGCCAGCUUAGUAAACUCCUAACAUCAUUUAAACUCUUCAGUUCAAGUAUAUUAUAAAUAUUAAGACUUCUACUGUUUGGCAUGUUAUGUUAUUAUGUUCCAAAUUUGAGUAUAAUUUCACUCAUUGGUGAAUGAAUAUAUGUACAAAUCUUUCCUUUUCUGUAGAUCAUCUAUAGAACUUCUUACAUAUUUACAACCCAAUACGUGUGUGUGUGUGUGUGUGUGUGUGUGUGUGUGUGUGUGUAUGUAAUGUGUAUUUGGUGGUACUUAGCCUUACACCCAGGACCACUGAGCUACAUCCACAGCCCUUUUGUUAUUUUGAGACAAGAUCUCACUAGGUCACUAAAUUGCUAAGUUGCCCAGGCUGGGUUUGAACUUGGGAUCCUUCUACCUCAGCCUUGCAGAGAGCUGGGAUCACUAUGCUCAUAAAAUUAGAUGCUUAUGUUUUGCUCUAUUGAACAAAGAAAUAACUUAUUCCUUGAUUUGUAUCUCAUAUAACAUUUUACGAAGUAAGGUAGAACAUCCUCCAACUUUACGUGUCCAGGCACCAUCUUUGGGAAGGCCGUGGAGUUUUGCUUUAGCAAUCAGUUCUUCUGUGCGCCGCCCCUUCUUUCUGUUACUGUUACCAUCACGCCACUCCAGGACAAGACAGUAUCACUUUUGCUUCUCCAAGUCCAACAUUUACAUUAAAGGCAAAAGUGGGAAAAAUAUUUUUCCUAUGCUGAAAGGCAAAUUAUACAAAUCCCAAAAUACCAUUCAGGAUGCAGAUCUCUGAUUCCCCAUAUAGUACAUUUCUCCAGUGACUGUAAAUCUAACUUUUGAUCAUCAGUUCAUUCUGGUUACUUGCAGCAUAAACUACAUAAUGGACCAAAAAUAAAACCAAAAGAACCUAGAGAUGUGGCAGCUUGAGGAAACACUGCUGUGCACAGCGAAGGUGGCAUUUCUUGGACCUCUUCAGGCUGGUGGGAGGUCCCUGAAGAGCUCAUGAGGGUGCUCUCAGAAAAACAGGUUUGUUUGCCACCUUCCAGGUGUAGGGGGUAGAAUGCUAUUCUUCAAAAUACAGGUCAGGUGGAAACCUGGGUAUUCCAGCUGCCUUACACAGUGUCAGGAACACAAAACAGCCACUUGCAAGAAAAGAAACAAGAGAUGAAACAAGCAUCAGCUCUACACACACACACACACACACACACACACACACACACACACACACUCUUCUGGUUGUGUAACAAACCUGUGAUGAGAAAGAAGUCUUACCUUUGCUGUAUAUAAUAUGUGACCAGGCUUUCUAAUGUCUGAGUUGAGACUUAGCAUCUUAACAUAAUCAGAGGAGAGCUUUUAUUAUCUACGAGUGAUCAGAGAAGUCAUGAGACCGAGUCUGCCUGAUAACUUUAAUCUUAGAACAGAAGAUAAGUUUACCCUAUUGAAUACAUUUUAAAGGAACACACAUAAGCUUAAUAAUUAGUCUCUGUAAAUUCUGUACGACCACUAACUAACUAUGUAAUCUCAGUAACAACCUACCACAACUGAGUUGACACAGUGUCAGAAAUGCAUUGGAAAGAACUGAUGCAAAGUUUACUUGUUAAAAUAUGUUCAGUUAAAGUUCAGACAAAGAAAAACAUUACAUCAUAUAUGAGAAUCUCCUGAAAUAUUAAGGUAGUUUGAGGAACUGAUUUAAAAGGUAAUUUCUGCUUAUUCUAUUUACUUUGUAUCAUGUAAGAUUCCUUUAUAACUAUAUUUUGCUUUAUAACUGUAUUUUUAAUCUAUUCUCUGCAACUUCUCCAGAAGUAUUGGAAUAUUGUCUCAUGUUAUCUUUUAUUGAGGUUUGUAUAGAAGCUGAGAGUUUCUAAGGUUAUAAAUUCCCUUAGUUUAUUUUCACAGAUUAUUUUAUUUGAAACAUUAUUAAACUCUUAUUCCGACUUGUUUUAAAUUCCUUUCAGCUAUCAAUAUGUGGUAAAAAUGCUGAUCAUUAGAGGGCUUGUUUAAAAGAAUUCAUUUCAAUUAAAAAUAUUACUGAGUCAGAGAUAUAGUUCAGCGGCACAACUCUUGCCUGGCAAGUGCAAGAUUGUGAGUCCAAUUUCCAUAUGUGUAAUCUUUUCAUAUAUAUCAUAUAUAUGAUAUGUAUUUGUAUGUAUAAUCUUUAUAUGUCAUUUAAUAGAUGUUCUAAUUAAUAUCCAUUAAAUGAUAUCUCAUCUAUAAUAUUUUGUAUUUUCAGAUUAAUUUGCAGCUUCAAAAAUUAAAUAAUCAUUAGAUGAUUCAUUAUACUCUGUAGACCCAGAGACUGAAAAUAUUUAGUUAUCAGAGAAAUGUGCUACAAAACUCAUUGUAAAAUGAAGUCUUCAACAUUUUACAGAUCACUUUCAUCUCCUGAUGUUCUCACAUUUUCUCAAAAGCAAAUUUCUUUCUGUUUGUAUUUACUUUUUCUUGUUUCUUUGUUUUUUGUAGGCGAACAUGAUCUUCACAAGAACUCAGAA